UUCCACGAAAGCAACUUAUAUUAAAUAUUGUACUUGAAACUUUAUCUUUGAAACAAGUUAAAUACUCGAAUUUUAUCCUUCGCAGUUGUCAGUGUUUCAUCAUAAAUAAUAUCAGAUUAUGGUAACACGAAAAUUGAAUAAUCAAUACAUAAUAACUAUUUUCAAUAUAAAUUAUUAGGAAAUUAAAAGAAAAUAAUUAAAAAUGUAUACUUUAUUUUCACAAAGUCCACUAGCAUACGUGCAACUUAUACCAAUCUUCAAUUACUUGAAUCUACUUAGUGAUUUUUUAUACACUGAAAAUAAAUUGGAAUCAUAUAAUCAACAUAAACAAAUACCAAUUGUUAAUGCACUGUAUGCAUAUUUGGAAGAUUAUAAUGAUAAUAAUCAAGCCAUGCUUAUAAAAUUAAUUCAAAAUUUAUUAAAAGGCAGUGAUCUAUAUGGAGAAGAAGAUAAUGAAAAUGUUGAUGGAAUUUUUGUUAAUACCAUGUUUGAAUAUAUCAUUAGUUCUCUUGUAUUUGAUAAAUAUGGAAAUAUUUAUGGAUUUUUAGUCGAUACAAUUCGUAAGUUAGAAAAUUUUCAAUAUGAUUAUGUUUUAAGUGUAAUAAAAGAAACACUUCAAAAUGCAACAUUCGAAAAUGAAUGUGGAUUAAAAUCAAAUCUUUCUGAAUUAGCAGUCAAUAGAAUAUAUACAGAUAUAAUUUUACCAAUUUUUCCUAAAUCAAAAACAAAUAUCAAUAUAUUGUCUCUUGAUUAUAUUUUUGCACAAGCUGGUUCAACGUAUCUUCGACUUGGAAAAAUAAAUGAUUCCUAUUCUUCUAAUUUCAUGAAAAAUAAUUUUGCAUGUUUUCAAAAUGGUUUAUUUGAUGAAUAUGUAAUAGUAGGAAACAUUGUAUGGAAUCUAAUUCAGGAUAUGAAAAUAGAUCCUCUAACUGUAAGAGUUUUUGCUCUACCAGCUCUUUUAUAUUAUACUACUACUGAAGAUAAAGUAAAAUAUGACAUGAUAACAAAUGUUAUUUUCAAUCCUCAUCAUUGGGAAGCAGCUUAUCAUAAAUUUUUCGAUUAUCUAAACAAUGCUUACAACCAAAUAGAACAUCAAUUACAAAAUGACUAUACAUAUAAAAUUCAUUUAGAAUUUUCAAAUUUUCAAAGUCGAGACGCAAUUGCAAAAUCCAUUAUCGAUUCAAAUUGUAUGUUUUUGAUUGAAGAACAGAGGAAAAAUAAAACUUUUCCUCACGUUCAACUUGAACAUUUUGAAUGUACUCCUAAAGUUAUUUCGCCCUAUAUAAACGAUUGGUAUAAUGAUCAAAUUCAUACAUUGGGUGAAAUAUAUGAGAAUUAUGAUUUACAAAUAAUAAAACAAUGUUUUAAUGAAUCUUUAGUUGCUGAUCUUAAUGGUAUUACAAUAAAAUUGAUAGUUAAUAAUAAUGAUACAGUAAAUGGCAGUUUUAAUAAUUUGCAAUAUUUAUCCCAUGAUUUGCUUGAAUUUGUUUACACUGAUAACAAAACUUCAAAAUACUAUAUUUUAAUAAGAGAAAAUUAUACUGCUACACUUAUUAAAGUGGUUGAUAAAUUUUUCAAUGAAUUAAUACGAUUAGGAAAAAGAAUUAUUUUAAAGUUUGCUAAUGAAGGAGCAAAUGAAUUUUAUGAAGAAUUAACAAAGUACAAGAAACAACGAUUCAAGUCUCAUUUUACUCUUUUAAAUUACAAUCUAAAAAAUAAUGAAUGGUGGAAAGAAUUUGGAUUAUCCUUGGUGCCAUUUUAUUCCUGUUUAUCGAAAAGUAUCAACUAUGAUAAUAAAAAAGAAAACUUGUGUGAAAAUGAUAAUAUCAAAUUUUUAAAUCAAUUUUCAGAAGAUAUAUCAUCAGAAAUAAUCAAUUUAAAUACACGAUCUCUUCUAUCUAUUUAUGGUAUAGAUAUAAAAUCAUUUUUUUUAAAGAAAUUGAUUACUAAAACUUACGCAUUAGUAGUGUCACAAAAUAAUGUUUCUAAAUUUUCAACACAAAAUAACACAUUUUAUGAACAAUUUUCAUUACACGUGGAAGAGCCUAAAUUUGAGACAAUUUCUAUAACCGAAGAAGGUAUUAAAUUAGUAUCAAUGAUUAUUUCUAAAUUAAAAGAGAAGAUUAAUUACAAUUUUACAUGUAUCGUUUAUAUGCUAAAUAAAAUAGAAUUUUUGAAACAUAGUUUUAUUAGAAAUAUUAGUGACAUUGGUGAAAAUAGAAGUAAAAAAUUACUUGUUAACACACUAAAUAAUAAUACUGGUUAUGGAUACAAGUUUAUAAAUAUUUAUAACUCAACAAUUGCAUCACUAAGAACUGAUUAUGAAUUUAAGAAUAAAAUAUUUAUUACACUAGUUUUUGAUUUUCCGCAAAAGAGAAAAAAAUUUAUUAAAUUAAAUAAUGAGACUUUUGUACAAGAAUCUAAUUAUUUUAUAUAUGAAAUUAAUAAUCAAUUACGAAGAAAGAAGACAAUACUUAAAUUUUCAGGGAUAUGGAAUAAUCACAUUAAUGAAAAAUGUUUAAAUAAUGAAUAUUUACAAUUAACGAAACAUUCUAAUGAUUGCUUGAGAUAUUGGCGUUUUGUUAAACAAUUUAAAUUAAAAGAGGGAGCAGUAAAUUUACUAAAAAAUAAAGUACAUAUUAAUGGAGAUCAUAUGGCAUCUGAGGAAGAAAUACGUAAUGAAUUGAAAAAAUAUACAUUUCCAGAUGAUCCUACAUUUUUUGUUUACUUUGUCUCAAGAUGGUUAAUUUCAAAAAAAUUUGAAGAAUCAAAUUGGAGUAAAAGUUGUAUAAUUGAUAAUUCCGAUAUUUUGAAUAAAUUGAGAUUCGAUUUACUUUUAGAAAAUAAUAAUGUAACAAUAGCCGAUGGAAAAAAUAGAAUCAAUUUAAUUUAUACGUACAGAGAAAGAUGUAAAAUUGAAGAAGAAACAUCGAUUGCAAAAAUAAUUUAUGAUUUUAAUGAUCAAAAAGCAGGUUUUUCGGUUACAUUUGAAGAUUACUAUGCUAUAAGAAAUUUUGUAACAUCAGGUGAUACAAGAAUAAGUGGCGAUACAAAUGAAGCGAAACAAAUGAAACUUGCUUUAUAUAAAUUAGCUAUAAGACAAUCUGAUGAUUUAAGAGAAGAAUUUGAUUGGAAAUUAUAUCGAUUUGAAUCAAUACCUAUUAAUAUUGCCAGUAAAAAAUUUAUCGUGGGAAAACGUGUUAUUUUUCAAAAAUUUACGCUUACCUCAACAAAUGUAAUAUCUGCCACGAGAUUUUCUUCAUAUUCAGCGCGUGGUUUCAGAAAUAUUCUUUAUGAAAUAGAAUUUACUGAUCCAUACUUUAGAGCAACAAUCAACACAAAAGUUGAACGAUUUGAACCUGUAAAUGAAAAAAAUGUCAUUCUUUUACCUGGUAGUGAAUUUGAAAUUAAAUCAAUUACAAUAGUACAAAUGAGAGGACUGGGUUAUUUUUUCAAAGUACUACUAAAUGUUCCAUCUAAAGGUAAAAUCGGAAAAUAUGAACAUUAUAAAUAUUUAAUGAGUGAAAUAACAAAAAAUAAGUUUUAAAUUUUAUAUUGAAAUAAAAUAAUUAGAAAUUUGUCUACAUAUAUUCUUUAAAUUAUAAAUUCUUUGUAAAUGUCUUUUCAUUUAAUGGAGGCAAUUUUUUUUUAAAGAAAGCAAAAAAAAUAAAUCUGUUAAUUAACCUUUUUAAUGAAAAGUUCAAUUAAAAUUUUUGAAGGCAAAUAAGUUUUCGAGCUCAUUAAAAUUUCUCUGAUAUUGCACAAAAAAAAAUAAUGAUCUUGUACAGUUGAUUACAACUUAUAAUUAGUAUAUCCACUGAUUUUAAUAAACGUUCCCUUAGCACAGAAUCUAUUAAAUAAAAAUAGAGAAGAUUUUCAUAUAUAGAUGUACGCGAGUAAAGCAAAGUAAUAAUUGCUUACCUAAGCGAAAUUUUUUUUUCAACAAAAGCUUAGUUUUCACUAGGACAAAUAGAUAAAUAAGACAUUUUUAAAAAUCAAUUAAAAUUUAUAAUUAUACAAAAAUAUUUUUAGGAUCUAUAUGACCUACUUUGCUUAAAAUUGGUACGUAAAUGUAAUUUAAUGAGUAAAUGAAUAAAUAGAAAGAAAUAGUAACAAAAAUUUUUAAUUUUAAUAUUUAUUUUAGUCGCAUGAAAUAAUAGAAAACAUGAUUUUGUCAUAUUAACUUUUUGAAGUGUUCCGUUUCAUUUGAAAUUUAAUUAGAAUAUUAUUUUCAAUUAUACGAGAUAUUAAACACUUUACAUAAGUCCUCGUUUAUUUCUCUUCGCCUCAGUGAUAUUCUCUCUCUCUCUCUCUUUCUCUCUGUCUCACUCACUCUUCACCUGCCAUUAAUUAGAAUCAAGUUUGAAACGAGUUGCCACAGUUGGGCAUAUACAUGAGACGGAAAGGAAAAUGGACGCGGCUGGAAAGUGGUCCCUUAGAGACAUUGUCGAGAGAAAGCCACACCGUUGCGAAAUUGAAUUGGAAAUUUGAGAAGGGGCUGUUGAUACCAACAAAUGUUGCAGAUACUACAAUUUAAUCUGUUUACUAUAUACCGACAAUUUUAUACUUUAGAAAAUCG